UUGAUUCGUUUGCAAAACGUAGUGACAGCGUGAUAGCACGUGUGAUAAUACAAGUUUAUUCGGUAAGAAAUAUACUAGGUAAGUACGAAAAUAAAUAUGUAUAAUACUUGACCGUUAAAUUCUUAACAUACUGUGCUCUCACACUUUUAACGUUCGUUUUGUCAUAUGGGGGAAUAUACUAAUUGUACAUCAUUUCUGCAUGUACCUGUACGAGCAUCAGAUAAGAAAAAUCACGAUGAAUGAAGCCACUUUACCCCCAUCGCCAAACUGGUAUCUAGGAAACAUUUUAGCAUGUGCUAAGGAUGGAACUGUUGCCUGGGGUGCAAGAAAUGCAAUCGUAAUUGCUGUCUCAGAACAAGACAAAAAAACUUUGAACUAUUCUAUUCUACCAGAUGCUCACAUUGAUAGAGUAACGUCACUGGCUUUUUCUCCAAGGUUUGGAGAACCAGAUCAAAGUCUACUAGUGUCUGGUGGCGAUGAAAAUGUUGUUAGAAUUUGGGACUUAUGCUCAAAAAGCGCAGUAAUGGCUCAUUACUAUGCGGAGAUACAUCAAAAAGUUGUGGGAGUCGAUUGGUCAAAAGCAGACCCUAAUAUAGUAUGCUGCAUCAGCACAGAUGGAUUCCUAGUUAUCUGGAAUAUUGCCCUUAAUAUUGCACACCAAAUUUCCCUGGGUAAGUUGACGGCGACCUGUAUAUUAUGUUGCCCCCACGAUCCAGACCUUGUAGCAAUUGGUACAAAAAGUGGACUGAUAUACAUUGUCAACAUUCAUGGCAAUGGAAAAAUUGUCUAUAAACUGAGAGGCCAUGAUACUGAAAUCACCAGCCUCUCCUGGUGUCCAGUAGAUACAAAUAUUAUCACUGGAACUGAUACCAAAGAUCUUUUACUGGCAUCAGGAGGCAAAGACAGAUCAAUAUUCAUCUGGCGGGCUGGCAGUGAUGGUAGAUAUCAGAUAGAACUUACAUUGCCGAAUAUGCCUCUCAAUUCACAUCAGCACAGAAGUAAAAUGGGGUGGAACACUGGGAAUUGGACAGCUGUAUGUUGGAUAACACCAAAGUUAUUACUCAGUAGUUUGUCUUGGGGUGAAUUAAUAUCAUGGGAUCUGACGGCGAAUUCAAAGUCAAAACCAGUGUGUAAGCUAAUUCACGGAUAUCAUGUGAGAGGGCCUUCUUGUAUUGCUGGUCUUCAAACUGCAACGGGAGCUGAGCAAAGUAAUUGGAGAUCCAAAGAUUCCCAAAGCAUAACUGUGUGGACUUUGGCUCAAGAUCGUUGGGUUGUUUGCUGCACAAUAAAGGGAACCGAUGUAAAAAUGACGUACAAUAUUCCUACUCAAGGUGGAUAUACGUACUGCAUAGCUCCCUCUCCCCUAGACACAUCUAGAGUUGCUUUUGGUGUGGGGGAUGCAAUGCUAAGACUUUGGAAUUUAUGCGAACCUCAUGAAAAUACUUUCGAUGUUACUGUUCUUUGGCAAAAAAUUAAAGGAAAAAUUAUGGCGGUAUCAUGGCAUCCUGAAAAGGAGAACAUAAUAGCCUUUGGUACCUCAGAAGGUCGUGUGGGUGUAUUUGAUACAAACUCACCUAAUAAACCCCCAAUCCUGUAUAGAAACUAUCAUAGGCACACUCUAUAUGCUCUUGGUUGGGGUCCACACCCAACAAGAAAAACCGAUCAUGUACUGUAUUCUUGCGGUGAUGGAGAGUUAGUUUAUUACGAUCCUGAAAAACCAAAUGGAGUCCCAACAUCUGUCAUAAAAAAGAAUUGUACGGAAUUUGCUUGGAAACAAGAUGGCUCAUGUCUAGCUGUUGGUUUCGAAAAUGGAGCAGUAUCAUUCUUGAACCGUAAUCUAGUCUCAUGGGGAUCGGUAAUUUAUUCAUUGAAACGGGCUGUCCAGCGCCUGGUGUGGCAUCCGGAGAGCACUGCGACCGACCUGAGUCUUUCUCCUCUCCGCCAUCAAUUAGCUGUAGCAACUAAUUCACCCACGAUCACUAUAUUGGAGUUUAUUGAACCAGCUGAGGACUGUUCUACAAUAGAUGGCUCAGACAAAACAGCUGAUGACAAACCCUCGCAUAAAAUUGUUGCGACAUUAGAUGGACAUUCCGCAAAAGUUGUUGCCUUAGCUUGGAAUCCACAUAUCAGUGGAUAUCUGGCGUCGGCGAGUUAUGACAACCGGGUACAAGUUUGGAAGAUAGAAACAAAGGAGUUAGUUGGAACGUAUACAGGUCACUACGGUCCUGUACAUUGUUGCAUUUGGAGCCCCUUUGAUCCAGACUUGAUUAUAACAGGCUCGGCAGAUUUCACUGUUAGGAUAUGGCGGCUCUCAAAACAAAAAGUUAUGAUGCCUACUGAAAAUUCUGUGAAACCCAAAAAAGUGAGAACGAAAAAAAAAAAAACUAAGGCUAACAAGACCACUGAUCUAACCAGCGAUCCUGAACAAAUCACGAACGGACAGGAUGAUAACGCCAUAGAUGUAGGAAACGUCGGAUCCGCGCCAACCGACAAAGAAAUAAAAAGAAGCUUGACGACAAAUCAGAUCAAUCGGAAGAAGGGUAAACAAGCCACCUACUUUACAGUAUUAACCAACUCUACGGGUAGUAAGGAAUCUAAACUUAAAUCGGUUAUGGAGAUGGUAGGAAUCUCGUGCCAAAAAUCCAAUAUAGAGCAGGAUCUGGUCACCGCUGAAGAAGCGAACGAUGUGGCUAGCAGCGAAACCCAAAAUAAGGAGAUUUCAAACGGCCUAUCCAUAUUUGGAAGCAAGGAAAACGUUUUAAAUCUACUGGAAAUCGAAAAAUCUGCUCAUACAAAGACAGGCCAUUACGACACAGUUGUGGAAAUGGAUCUGUGGUCUAAUAAUUUGAAGCAAAGUUUGCAAGAUGCUACCAAACGAGGUCAACUAAAUGAUUUUUUAGUUUCACUAGCACCGAGUCUUUCGUUUAGAGUCUGGCAGGAGAUGUGCGAAACUUAUGCCAAGCAACUCGAGUCAGAGGGAAACUAUCGUAAAGCGGCAUCUUACUUUUUGUGCAUCCACAAAAUUGAACGUGCAAUUCAGGUGUUUGUGGAUGCUAAGAUGUUAAGGGAAGCUUACGUAUUGGCAAGAUGUAAGCUUGCUGAAUCUGAUCCAAUAAUAGAUAGUUUAUUGGAGACAUGGGCAAUCCACACAACUACGAAAGGACAGUUUGAAGAUGCUGCUCUUUGUUACAUUAAACUGGGUAACCUAAAGGAAGCUGCAAAGUUAUUAGGCCGUCGGAAUGACAUAAGAAGUCUGGAAGUAGCUACUCAACUAGCGUUGAAAUCAGGGGACGAUGAAUUUGGAUUAGAAUUGGCUGAAAGAGCUGUAACAGAGGCUCUCUUGAAGGCUGAUUAUACUGCAGCAGAACAACUAAUUGAGUCUUUUCCACAAAUUCAGCACUGCGAAGUGAAAGUUGCUGCACUCAAGGAGAUGGACAGGAUUUUUCAAAAUUGCGACAACCAAAGUAUUUGGAAUUGUUUGCAAGGAAAUGCUACAGAAUGUAUACUUAAAAAUUUAUCAAAUCAGUAUUCCAACUGCAACAAGUAUUAUUAUGCCAAAUUGUUGAAAAAUUCAGAGAACCUGCAGAUCUCCGAGAAUGAGCGAACGGUUUGGGUUAAGAUUUGUGGGCAAAUAGCUCUAGCGACGGUAUGCGUUGAACUUGAAAAGAAACUGCAUCAUUUGGUCACCGCAUUAGAAAUCAUCUAUAGGUUUGAAGCAGCAAAGCAUUUGCAGAGAGGGGAAUCUGAGACAGAUUCUAAAGAAGGACAAAGAAAUCUUAUGACAAAGUUGCUGUCACAGUUAAAUAGCAUCUUAAACAUAAAAUCGACAGGUCUCGGAAAGAGCUUAAGAGCCUUCUGGUGUUACGGAGUCUUGAAUUGGCUUCUUGAUUCGGAUCUCCAACAAGCAGAAUUGGAAGGUAAACGUGAGCUUGUCGCAUCAUUCAUAGAGGACACAAUCGACGAUGCCUUGGACAAACAAGCAGUCAGACAUAAAGUUUUAUCUGCUGAAAUUAACAAACUUGAAGGUUUAUUGGUCCUCAAUAUGGGAAAGUUGCAAAAAGUUGGAGAAAUGAAUGGGCACUCUGAGAAAGAUAUUGGAAAUCACAUGGAACGACUUGCAGAAAUUCGGCGUGAGAAAGAGAAGUUCCAUACCGAACGUCUCUAUACUCCUAAUCCUGUCAUGGUUUACAGUAAAGCACAGGAAGUAAUAAGUAUCGUAUUUGAAGGCGAAAUUGAAGAGAAAAUUAAGCAGCUGGUAACUCGUGCUUGGACAGAGGCAACGUCUUAAAACUGUCUGACUUGCAUUAGCAUUUUGAGGUGAACUUUUGCAAUGAAUGAUAGUUGCCCCGUAACGCGUAUUCCUUGGAUUUACCAAUUUGGCGAGCGAUGUUGUUGAUUUCUAAUAUAUUAGACAUUUGUGGCGCAUGCUUACCAUUGAUCCGAUUGACUGUAAUAGAUUCAGUAAACUAAACAAACCCUUAGUAAAAAUCGGUUUGGGA